GCUUCCUUGAAUGAUCGCAGUCACCGCAGAAUGACGUACUAUGAGCGGUCGACCCGCUAACACGUGCGGCAUCCAAUCCGAGGGAUUCCGUGGUGUCGCUACUAGACUGCACUGCACCUCUGUGUCUUGACUGUCUUGACCCUGUCUGACCUAGGCAUUCGCUUUAUCUAGUGGUAUGGGUCAUUAUUGUUUGUCUCUCUAUGGCCAAAGGUAAGUGCAAGCAACUCUUCAAACCAUGAGAGGCGGCUUUCUGUUCGGCCGUCUCUGUUUUCGGCGCGGGACAGGUCCUCGACUCUUCUCUACUACAUCAUCGCCUCUCCGAUUGAAUCGCUUCUCGCAGACCUUUCAACCACAGUUUCGAAGCACCCGAUCACGAACAUGGCCACGAUUUCCAGGAAAGGGCCCGGUACUGGGCUCCGUGCUCGUGGCGGCUGCAUUGAGCCCUGGCGCUUUCAUGGAGCUUGCCGAGCAAAACAGUGAAGAGACGAGCGGGGAAUUGCAGAUGCUAGAAGCGUCGCUGGAUGAAAUACAAAAGACCGUCUCCACGAAUGCACAUGGAAUAUCUCGAGCCGGACAAGAAGUUUAUGUCUUUCUAUAUCUUUACGUUUAUGAACCCAUUGCGACUGGGCUUCGGUUCUUGCAUCUAGCUGCCAUUUUUCUUCCAGUGAUUAUUUCAGUGCCAGUGAUAUGGAUCGGAAGAAGGAAUCCUACGCGCAAUAACGAACGCUGGGGUACGUUAUGGUGGAUUGACUUUCUUGUGAAAUCGAUGGAGCGAGCCGGUCCAGCUUUUAUCAAGCUUGGACAAUGGGCCGCGUCUCGAACAGAUAUCUUCCCACCUGAAUUAUGUGAUCGAAUGUCCUCCCUCCACUCAAACGCACCUGCGCAUUCUCUUCAAUCCACGAAAAAGACAUUGUCUAAAGCCUUCGGUGGCCUCGCCUUCGAAGCCAUAUUCGAAGAAUUCGACGAAGAGCCUCUUGGAGUUGGAGCCAUUGCGCAAGUGUAUAAAGCAAGAUUAAAGCCAAACUUGGCCGCACAGCAUGAUAGAGACCUACGAGGCAUACCUCAGGACUUGGUCGCUCGAGUCAGGAAAAAUGUAGACGUGCUCGUCAAGAGCUCACCUCAUAGAGUGCCUUCCUCCUACGUCGCCAUCAAAGUGCUCCAUCCUAAAGUCGAACGAACUGUGCGAAGGGAUUUGAAUAUUAUGGAGUUUUUUGCAAAACUAAUAAACCUAAUUCCAACCAUGGAAUGGCUGUCUCUCCCGGGCGAGGUUGAGAAAUUUGGAGAGAUGAUGAAACUCCAGCUUGACCUCAGAAUUGAAGCGACAAACUUGGCAAUAUUCAGAGAACAUUUCAUGAAACGAACGACUGCUUGGUUCCCUUAUCCCUACCAAGAAUAUACAACAAGAGAGGUGUUGGUGGAGGAAUUUGCACAGGGUAUUCCUCUCUCCGUAUUUCUUAGAAACGGGGGAGGCGUCUAUCAGGAGGAGAUUGCAGAUGAGGGCCUCGACGCUUUUCUUCACAUGCUACUCAUCGAUAAUUUCGUCCACGCCGAUCUACAUCCAGGAAACAUCAUGGUUCGUUUUUACAAACCCAGCCAACUCGAUCUCUCCCUUCGCGCACCCACGCGUGCCCUCGAGGCUACUUCCUCUGCCGAAGUAGAUGUCAUGGAAGAAGUCCUGCGACGUCUUCGACCUCACACAGAAGACUCCCAUGCAUGGGUAAAGGCUCUUGCUGAACUAGAUUCCGAGGGCUACAGACCCCAACUACUAUUCAUCGACACGGGGCUCGUGACCCAACUAAAUGAGAAAAACAGACGCAACUUCCUCGACCUAUUUCGCGCAGUCUCCGAGUUUGACGGAUACAAAGCAGGCCAACUCAUGGUCGAACGCUGCCGGCAACCCGACGCUGUCAUCAACUCCGAAAUCUUCGCCCUGAAAAUGCAACAUCUCGUGCUCGGCGUCAAAUCGCGAACUUUUGCGCUCGGCAAUAUCAAAAUCGGCGAUGUGCUCAGCCAAGUGCUACAGAUGGUGCGUGAGCAUCACGUGCGCCUAGAAGGCGACUUUGUGAACGUGGUUAUUUCGAUCCUGCUCUUGGAAGGGAUAGGGAGAAGCCUAGAUCGUAACCUCGAUCUAUUCAAGAGUGCUCUCCCCAUCCUUCGUCAGCUCGGCUCGGGCGGAACGUUCUUAGAAUCGGUACGCCAUGGCGAUACCUCGAUGCUUCGUGUCUGGGUUGGUCUUGAGGCUCGCACGUUCUUGCAGGCGAGCAUGGAAAGUGUGGAGAUGUGCGUCAAGUAUGAUAUGCUUGCGCCGAAUAUUUAAGAUGCCAGUCGUAGACUUGUACAUAUGCUAACGCACACACUACCAUAUACAUGUAAAAUAGUAAUAGAAACACACGACAGCGUU